CUCUCGCACCCGUCGUUCCGGAUGGGAGACGCCAAGCCGCGUGGACCCCCAAUCGUCGUCAUCGCCCUCUCGCACUGGCAGAUACCAGACAACAGACAGCAGACAGGAGGCAAGGCAGGCUGCCCGGGAGCAGCAAGCCCGGCUACUCCCUGCUUGGCAUAUCAACGCCCUCCCCCAGACUGACCAGACGCGAAAAGACGAAACAGAGUCGGGCUGGAACCCGUCUCCACCCUCUCUUUCCUCCCGUCACCCGCUGCCGUUGUCCGCUCUGCCUUUUUUCCCAUCGUUUGGAUCGAGCGCGUAUUGUUGAUCGACUCAGCCUGCGGCCCCCAUUUCUUUUUUUGCGCUCUGUCCGUCAUCAAUAUUGUCUUACCAUACGCCAUUUGCGUUGUUGCUUGCCAGUCGCUCUUUACUCCUCUCCACAUACACCCACAAUGAUACCCCGGACUGCCCUAUCGGCGCUUCUCUACGCAAGCACCGCCUUUGCUGUUUGCACCAAGCUCGAAGACUGUCCCCAGUUUGAGUCUCUCAAGACGGACGAAUGCCAGACCUUCCACCACUUCCUCGCACGCGGCUCUACCUCUCCUUACCCGGGCCACGUCAUCGAGACUGUCGGCAAGGUCUGCAAUGCCCUCAACACCAAGGAGAACCCAAAGGCCUGCGGCUAUGAGGAUGUGCAGUACUGGGCCAUGAACGGUGGAGAGAAGUGGUGCAUAUCAUCGCACGAGGGUGCUAUGAACGGCGCCGAGCAGAUGAGAAACUACACCCAGAGGUGUCCAGACAGUCACCUGAUUGUCAUGGGUUUUAGUCAGGGGGGUAGUGUCAUGCUCGAUGUCCUCGGUGGCGGUGGCGGUCCUCUCUGGGGGUGCGAACAAAAGUCGAAUCCGAACAUGAACAUCACCAGUCCUCCAGGCUCAAAGAUCGCAGCUGCGCUCGUCUUUGGCCCCACAAGGCGCUCCGCGAACCAGUCUUACACCCAUGGCGGCGGCCAAAUCUCAGAUGGCGGUGCUCCUCGAACAGCGGAACAGCUUGCAGGCCUCGAGCCCUAUGCCGAUGCCGGUAUCCUUCGCGAAUACUGCCAACCAGGCGACCCCAUCUGCGCCCCUCAUACGGAUAACAAGGACAUGUCCAAGCACCUGAACUAUUUCGAACGCUACAGUGACGAGGCAGCCGAAUGGGUCAUUGAUCUUGCUAGGAAGGCUGAAUCUGGCGACAGGACAUCGGAUGCGAAGAGCAUGCUGCACCAGACCAUUUCGCAUCCUAUUGCGAACGUCUUCAUCGUAAUCUUCGUGCUGUUCCUCGUAUAUUUUGCCGUCAGGAAAUUCGCUGUCUGGAAGACGACUCGCUCUCCUAUAUAUUCACGUGUCAACACUACCGAAUCUGUCUAAGCAAAUACGAGCCGCAUACCCAAGUCUUUGCAACAAGCAUUAUGCAUACUUGGCAAUUUAGAUGGUGGCGCCCUGCACAGCCCGCCUUACCGGGAUAACUGGGCGAAGCGCCAGCUACACCAUGGAUCAAGGAAAAAAAAUAGAUUCACAGCAAGGUAAUCCGAAAAAAGAAGGGAAGAAUAAUCAAGAGAGAAAUUUGGGGGUACAUGCAAAUGCUUCAUAUUUUGUUGUAAUUUGCCCAGCGCCUAGAUACCCUUCACUGUAGCAUACUGUAUUUUCGAUAGCAUACUCUAUUACUAGCCGACUGGUUUCGGCGAACCAAGAUAUUGAACUUUUUUCAUGAGGUUCUUUUCUAUCAGUUUGGAGCAAUAUGUG